UGAUCGGAAUGCCGUCCACUUCCCUUGUUUGCUCAUCCUCGAAUUCUGAAAUUGUUAGGAUUCAAGGGAUUGGUUCAUCAAUAAGAUUCAGAAAAAGGAAAAAAAAUAUUUUUUUUUGCAAGCUUUAAGACAUUGGAGGUGAAGAUUUAAAGUGUGAGCUUGAUACAAACCUGAAUGCGUGUUGCUGCUCAAUUGAUUUCUGUUCGAUUCACCCAGAUAAAUGUUUACUUGUAUCUAAUCAGCUGAUUUGAUUGUAUAAACUUGAACAUGCUUAUGGGCUGCAUCCACUGCAAGUGUAUAAACUUGAACCGUGAGCACAGGUUCCACCCGACAAAGUCCCUGAGGAAAUUCAUCACAUUCAAGAGGAGAGGAGGUGCCAAGGCAGGCAAGGCAGAUAAGGGGGUUGUGCCCAAGUCAGAGGAGAAUGCACUGUCCAAUCUGCACUCACAAACUAUAGGAUGGGAGAAGAGAGAUACAAGUGGUGUUCGCUCACCCACUGGAGUAGCAGAGAAGAAAGCUACUGGUGGUGCUGGAGAUGGUUUGGAAGUUGUAGGUGUGUCUGAUGAGUAUAAUGAUAAUUUUAGAAUUCCUGAUACCCCAUGUGGGUUUUCAGGAGAACAUGCUGCAGCAGGCUGGCCUUCUUGGCUAACUGCUGUAGCUGGGGAAGCAAUAAAAGGAUGGCUGCCUCGCCGAUCUGGCUCAUUCGAGAAACUAGCUAAGAUUGGACAAGGAACUUAUAGUAGUGUUUAUAAAGCACGAGAUCUCGAAACCGGCAAAAUAGUGGCUCUAAAGAAGGUGCGAUUCGUUAAUAUGGAUCCUGACAGUGUUCGCUUUAUGGCAAGAGAGAUUCACAUUCUUCGUCAGCUUGAUCAUCCAAAUGUUAUAAAGCUUGAAGGUAUAAUUACAUCACAAAUGUCACAGAGUUUGUAUCUUGUUUUUGAGUACAUGGAGCAUGAUCUUGCCGGAAUUCUUGCAAGGAGGGGUCCCAAGCUCACCGAACCACAGGUGAAGUGUUACAUGCAACAACUGCUUCAAGGUCUUGCUCACUGCCACAGUCGAGGAAUUCUUCAUCGUGAUAUCAAGGGAUCAAAUCUUUUAGUUAGUGAUAAUGGCAUUCUUAAAAUAGCUGAUUUUGGUCUAUCAACACCCUUCAUUCCUGGUCAGAAACAACCAUUGACAAGUCGUGUGGUAACAUUGUGGUAUCGACCCCCAGAGCUAUUGCUUGGUGCUACAAAGUAUGGUGUUUCCGUAGAUCUGUGGAGCGCUGGUUGCAUCCUUGCAGAGUUGUUUGUAGGGAAACCAAUCAUGCCUGGAAGAACAGAGGUGGAACAAUUGCAUAAGAUUUUUAAACUCUGUGGAUCACCAUCAGAAGAAUACUGGAAGAAAUCGAAAUUGCCUCAUGCUACUGUUUUCAAACCUCAGUACCAAUAUAAACGCUGUAUUGCAGAGACAUUUAGGGAUUUCCCCUCUUCAGCUAUAACUCUAUUAGAAUCCCUUCUCGCACUCGAGCCCAAAAGUCGUGGAACAACAGCUUCAGCCCUUGGUAGUGAAUUCUUCAAAAGCAAACCAUUGGCCUGCGAUGCUUCAAGUUUGCCUAAAUAUCCACCAAGCAAGGAGUAUGAUGUUAAGCUUCAGGAUGAAAGACUUAGAAAACAAAAAGAAGAUGUUAAAAAGGGAAGGUCAGAAUCUGUAAGGCAGGGGAUGAAAGAUGCCAAAGGAAUUCCAUUGUCAGAUGCAAACAUGGAACAGAAGCAAAAAAUGCAGUUGACUUCUGAAAGCGAAACUAAGAAGUACAACCAACUUGAUGCUUCUGGCGAUAACAAGGCUAUACUCAAUAAAUCUGCCUCUACCCGCAAGAAGGAUGACUGGAUAUUGACCAGGGAAACUGCUGUCGGUUAUGGUACUAGGCACAAAAGAAUCCAGUAUUCUGGACCUUUGAUGCCUCCAGGUGGGGAUGUUGAAGACAUGCUUAAAGAGCAUGAGAGACAGAUCCAGCAGGCAGUUCGUAAAGCCCGCCAUGAAAAAGUUGAAGUUUAGAGGAUGCUUGAGGGUGAUUUCCUCUGCAGAACUUGAAGUCAGAGAUUGUGCAAGUGGUUGGUUUCUUUGCAGUGUAUGUAUGCUGUGUAAAUUGACAUAAAGAAAGUCUGCUCAAAUUGAGAGCUCUUACUCAGUGAGAAUAAAGAAGACAGACAAGUUAGUUAUUUUCUUGUCUAGUAAACACAAAAUAACUAACUUUUGUAGUCUUUCCAUUUCUCCAGUGAUAGAUACAUUUCAUGAAAUU